CUUGUUGAAGGAUCCGAUCUGAGUUCAGCCAUAUUCCCACUGACCAGCCACACCGGCAGCCUGACCCAAACUACCGAAAAACCCUCCCUAAUCCCCCCGCACGCUCCUGCACGGUGCUAACGGGGACCGUAGGUAAAGCCGAGCCGGUACCGGAGCUCCCGGAUGUUACCGAGCUGAUACACCGACCCGCGGACAUGGAGCAGCGGCGGCCAACCUGAGAGAGUCGACGGUCUGACCGACAUCCCGAGUUCUGAGAGGAAAGUCCAGAUUUACCGGGAUUAAAGCCGAUGUGCAGCACGGACAGACGCGGGCCUGCAGGCUGAACGGUUCUCCACACGACGGAGCGACGGUAACCGGCGGAGACACACUGACUCACCGACACGCAGACGGCUCAAAAUGUCGGGAAUGUUUUCCCGGAGCUAACGAGCUAGCUGCAGCUAGCAGGCUGAGCUCGGCAGGACUCGGCAGGAAACGGAGCCUGGGCGGCGGGUAACACUCGGACUGAGCGGCGGGGCUGGUGACGGGCACAGGGCGGGAGCGGCGGGUCGGUGUCCCGGGACAGGAUGUCGGCUCAGGAGCGUCUGAAGCGGCUGGAGGAGCUGCUGCUGGAGCGGAAGGUGGCGGGAUGUCUGAGUGUGGAGGCGCUGCUCGACCUGCUGCUCUGCUUCUACACGGAGGUGUCCCACUCCCCGCUCAAGAGGGAGAAGCACGUCACAGACUUUCUGGAGUGGGUGAAGCCGUUCACCACCACAAUAAAGGACAUGCGGCUGCACAGAGAUGACUUUGAGAUGCUGAAGGUGAUUGGACGAGGAGCUUUUGGAGAGGUUGCCGUGGUGAAGAUGAAGCACACAGAGAGAGUCUACGCCAUGAAGAUUCUCAACAAAUGGGAGAUGCUAAAGAGAGCUGAGACGGCGUGUUUCAGAGAGGAGCGAGACGUUCUGGUGAAAGGAGACAGUCAGUGGAUCACAACUCUGCACUACGCCUUCCAGGACGACAACUUCCUGGUUAGUGCCACUGUUACUGUUAUUGAGCCUGAUGAGAAACAUCCAGACACACAGGAGACCCUGCCUGUCAGUCUGAACUCAGGGCACCACAGGGACAUCAAACCAGACAACGUCCUCCUGGAUGUUAAUGGUCACAUCCGCCUCGCAGACUUCGGCUCUUGUCUCCGUAUGAUGGAGGACGGCACGGUCCAGUCCUCCGUGGCGGUGGGCACUCCAGACUACAUCUCCCCAGAGAUCCUGCAGGCGAUGGAGGACGGGAUGGGCCGCUACGGACCGGAGUGUGACUGGUGGUCUCUGGGGGUCUGCAUGUACGAGAUGCUGUAUGGAGAGACGCCGUUCUACGCCGAGUCGCUGGUGGAAACUUAUGGCAAGAUCAUGAACCACGAGGACCGUUUCCAGUUCCCCUCCCACGUGACCGAUGUGUCCGAGGAUGCCAAGGACCUGAUCCAGCGCCUGCUGUGCUCCAGGGAACGCCGGCUGGGCCUGAACGGGAUCUCUGACUUCAAGAGCCACCCAUUCUUCAGCGGGAUCGACUGGGACAACAUCCGGUCCACCGAGGCCCCCUACAUCCCCGACGUGUCCUCGCCCACUGACACCUCCAACUUCGACGUGGAUGACGACGUCCUCAAGAACCCGGACAUUGGCCCUCCAGUAUCUCACACUGGUUUUACUGGGCAGCACCUCCCCUUCGUCGGCUUCACCUACACCACUGACAGCUGCUUUGCUGACUGCAGCUCCAUCAGCCGGGUGGAGCUCGGCAUCCGCCAGGAGGGGGAGGGUGAGGAGGGAGGAGGAGGAGGAGGGCAGGAAGUGGAGGCUUUCGAGAGGAGGAUCCGCCGACUGGAGCAGGAGAAACAGGAGCUGAACCGAAAACUGCAGGUGUGUCCCCAGUAUGACGUGUGUGCUGUCGUCCUGUGUGAGCAGCAGCUGGCCGACUCUCUGGAGCGUUUGAGGAGUCAGACGAAGGAGCUGAAGGAGGCUCACUCUCAGAGGAAGCUGGCCCUGCAGGAGUUCUCAGACCUGUCGGAGAGGAUGGCCGACCUCCGCUCCUCCAAACAGCGUCUGUCCCGACAGCUCCGGGACAAAGAGGAGGAGAUGGACACCCUCCUGCAGAAGAUGGACGCCAUGAGACAGGACAUCCGUAAGACGGAGAAGAACCGCAAGGAGCUGGAGGCUCAGCUGGACGAUGCGAAGGCGGAGGCUUCGAAGGAGAGGAAGCUGAGGGAGCACAGUGAGGUUUACUCCAAACAGCUGGAGACGGAGCUGCAGAGCCUGAAGUCUCAGCAGGGUCGGGGAGCAGCAGCUGGUGGGGCGGAGUCUCAGCAGGAGCUGUCCCGUGUCAAGGCGGAGCUCGAUAAGAAGGUCCUGUUCUACGAGGAGGAGCUGUUGAGGAGAGACUCCGCCCACUCCUCAGAGAUCAAAAACCUCCGUAAAGACCUGCAGGAGUCCGAGGGGGCGCAGCUCGCUGCCAACAAGGAGCUGCUGCAGCUCCGAGACAAGCUGGACAAGGCCAAGAGAGACAGACAAACUGAGAUGGAUGAAGCUGUUGCAGCUCUGAAGGAGAAAUCUGAACGAGAGAAAAACAUGCUGACAGAAGAAAAUCGCAAACUGACGGCUGAAACUGACAAGCUGUGUUCAUUUGUGGACAAACUGACGGCUCAGAAUCGCCAGCUGGAGGACGAACUACAGGACCUGUCAUCUAAGAAGGAGAGCGUGGCGCACUGGGAGGCUCAGAUCGCAGAGAUCAUCCAGUGGGUCAGUGAUGAGAAGGAUGCCCGUGGGUACCUUCAGGCUCUGGCUACUAAGAUGACGGAGGAACUGGAAACUCUGCGCAGCUCCAGUCUGGGACCACGACCUCUGCCUGAGUCAGGAGUGGCCACGCCUCCUAAGAAGCCUUGGCCUCCAAUUGGUGGAGACAGGAGGGACCCGCUGUGGAAGGUGCGGCGCAGUCAGAAGGUGGACAUGUCGGCCCGCCUUGAGCUGCAGUCGGCUCUGGACGCCGAGAUCAGAGCCAAACAGCUGGUUCAGGAGGAGCUGCGCAAAGUCAAGGCCGCCAACAUCAACCUGGAGAGUAAGCUGAAGGAGUCGGAGGAGCGGAGUCGGGAGAUGGGGGAGCAGAUGGAGAGUCUGAAGAGAGAGAUGGAGGACAGCCGCUCCCACUCUGACAAAGGUUUGAAGCUUCCAGACUUCCAGGACUCCAUCUUUGAAUAUUUCAACACGUCCCCUCUGGCUCCGGACCUCACCUUCAGGACCACAGACAUAGACCCCAGCCCCCAGAAAUCAGAGACCACGCCCCCCUCGCCCUCCACCACCUCUGAACAUGAGGAAGUUAAAGCAGCCUCAGUCCCAGCGAGCCCCUCCCCCCCCUACCAGAGCUCAGCACUGACCACACCAAAGCCCAAAGCUCACCAGCUGAGCAUCAAGACGUUCUCCAGUCCCACUCAGUGCACACACUGCACCUCUCUGAUGGUGGGACUCAUCCGACAGGGAUACGCCUGUGAAGUGUGUUCCUUCAUCUGCCAUGUCUCCUGUAAAGACCACGCCCCCCUGGUCUGUCCAAUCCCAGCAGAGCAGGCCAAGAGGCCGCAGGGCAUCGACGUCCAGAGAGGCAUCGGCACCGCCUAUAAGGGCUAUGUCAGGAUCCCGAAGCCCAGCGGGGUGAAGAAGGGCUGGCAGCGCGCUUAUGCCGUGGUCUCUGAUUGUAAACUGUUUCUCUACGACAUCCCAGAGGGAAAGUCCACCCAGCCGGGGGUGGUGGCCAGUCUGGUGCUGGAUCUCAGAGAUGAGGAGUUUUCCGUCAGCUCCGUCUUGGCAUCAGAUGUGAUCCACGCCACCAGGAAGGACGUCCCCUGCAUCUUCAGGGUGACGUCGUCACAGCUGAUCUCACAGCUGUCCUCGGUGUCUCUGCUGGUGCUGGCAGAGAGCGAGGUGGAGAAAAGGAAGUGGGUCAGGAUCCUGGAGGGUCUGCAGAGUAUCCUGGCCAAGAACCUGCUGAAGAACCGACAGGUCCAUGUUCCGCACGAGGCCUACGACGCCUCGCUGCCCAUCAUCAAGACCGCACUGUCUGCUGCCAUUCUGGAUCGGGAAAGGAUCGCUCUGGGAACUGAAGAUGGACUGUUUGUGGUUGAGGUCACCAGAGACGUGAUCGUGCGAGCGGCCGACAGUAAGAAGGUUUGUCAGAUCGAUUUGAUCCCUAAAGAGAAGAUCAUCGCUCUGCUCUGCGGUCGGAAUCGCCACGUUCACCUUCAUCCCUGGGGGGCACUGGAGGGCGCCGAGUCCGCCUUCGACAUCAAGCUGGCGGACACCAAAGGAUGCCAGGCUCUGACGACGGGGGUGCUCCGACCCGGAGGCCCCGCCUGCCUGCUGGCUGCCGUCAAACGUCAGGUUCAGUGCUAUGAGAUCACUCGAGCGAAGCCCCACCAUAAGAAGCUGUGGGAGGUGCAGGCUCCGGGCGCGGUGCAGUGGUUGGGCAUGGUGAGGGAGCGGCUGUGCGUCGGGUAUCCUUCGGGCUUCGCUCUGCUCGCCCUGCAGGGGGAGUCAUCUCCCAUCAGCCUGGUGAGCCCCGCCGACCCUUCGCUGGCCUUCCUGGCCCAGCAGCCUCUGGACGCCCUGCACGCCCUGGAGGUGGGAUCCUCCGAGCUGCUGCUCUGCUUCAGCCAGCUCGGCAUCUACGUGGACGGACAGGGACGCCGGUCCCGAACCCAGGAGCUGAUGUGGCCUGCAACGCCGCUCGCAUGCAGCUCUAACUCCUCCCACCUGACGGUCUACAGUGAGUACGGGCUCGACGUCUUCGAUAUUCACACCACAGAGUGGGUUCAGACCAUCUCCCUCCGCAAGAUCCGACCUCUGAAUGUUGAAGGGACAUUGAACCUGCUGAGCUCUGAACCUCCUCGUCUCAUUUACUUCAGCAACACAUCAUCAGAGGGUGACCUCACCAUCCCGGAGACGUCGGACCACAGCAGGAAGUUGAUGGUUCGAACUCGCAGCAAGAGGAAGUUCCUGUUUAAGGUUCCUGAGGAGGAACGACUUCAGCAGAGGAGGGAGAUGCUGAGGGAUCCGGAGCUCAGGUCCAAGAUGAUCUCUAAUCCUACAAACUUUAACCACGUGGCUCACAUGGGACCAGGAGACGGCAUGCAGGUCCUCAUGGACCUCCCUCUGGUUUGUGAUGUCACUUCCCUCUCCCCCUCCCCGUCUCCUUCCCCCUCCUCCUCCUCCUCCCGCCACACCCUCAUCUCUCCCCCUUCCAACUUUGAGCACAUCUAUCACAUGACGUCGGCGUCGGCCGGCGCCUUCUUGCAGAAAGACGCCUCCUCUUCCUCCUCCUCCCAGCAGAGCCUCCUGCAGCCUUCCUCCUCCUCCUCCUCUCCCUCCACCUCCUCUCUGGGAAGGAGUGUGAUGCCUUCUUCUCAGGAUGACUCGGUUAAAGACAAGCCCCGCCCACUGUCCAGUAUCUCCCGGCAACAGAGGAGCAAGACACACAUCACACGCACAGCCUCAGACUUUGGGGGAGGAGCUUCGUCUCGCAGCACCUCUGAACCGGACCAGGACCUGGACCGAGAGCCGGACUCAGACUCGACCAAACACUCGACCCCCUCCAACAGCUCUAACCCCAGCAGCCCCCCCAGUCCAAACUCCCCCCACCGCAGCCAGCUCACCUUGGACGGCCUGGAGAUGGACCCCUGAGGCUCCGCCCCCCCACACCUGAGGGAGGAGGGGCUUAAUAAACCAAUCAGGGUGCAGACUGAGAGUUUAGAUUUUACUUGAUUUUAUUGUGGCGGGGUGAGUCUGAGCUUCCUGCUGCUUUUAUUUUUGUUGGAUUUUACCUGCUGGGAAGCCCCGCCCCCUGGUUUUAACCCUGCUCCUGCUGAUGGCUGCUGUGUUUGACCUUUGACCUUUAGUCUGAUUGGCUCUGUGGGACCAAUCACCACCUCCUCCUUCUCUUCUUCUUUGUUAAAUAACUUCCUGUUAAGCUUUAGCGGGUUGUUAGCGGUGGAGCUAACAGACGGGAGGUCUCACUCUGAUGAAAAAACACUGUAUGAAUUAAUUUUAAAGUUUUGUUAAAGUUGCACAUCAUCAUCAUCAUCAUCAUCAUUGUUGUUGUUGUUGUUGUUGUAGUAGGAGAAAAAUAAUCUUUGAUUUUGUGUCAGUGAUGAUCUUUCCUGCUGCCCCCUUCGACCCCAUCCCCUGACCUCUGACCUCGGGGGGGGGGGGGGGCACACCUGAACACUACUGCUUUGUUUCUUCCAGAAUCACCAGUUAAAGAAUCUUUGUAAUUAUGAGACAUGUUAGCAGCUGACGGAAACUCAAUAAAAGAAUCUCAAGAGUCUGUGUGUCAAGCA